AUGAACGAAGAAUACAAUUUUGACAGUGAGACAGUGCCUGUGAUGAUACAAUCAUACAUGGACUGGGAAGAAACUGCAGCAGUAAAUGCAGCACAAAAAGAAGCUAAGAGGAAGACCAAACCUCACUCGAACGAGCCCUCCCUUGAUGUAGUGAAGAAGGAAAGGGGAUCAUACAUUACCAAGAACGAAGCAAAGGUAGUCAAUUUGAUUAAUUUGUUGCAAGAGUUUGAGAAUAUGUCUAUCAGUGAAGCAGGUAGAAAGGUAGGGCUCUCCAAGUCAACAGCUAUUCGUAAAGUCAAGCAGUGGAAUCAAAUGACAAGCGAAAUAGCUGAAAAAGGGUUCCCUGAUUCUAUCGCAAUCAAAGAAGGAAAGGGACGACCCACAAUACUCAAAGACGAACAUACUACUGUAUUUAUAUUUGAGCUGCUGGCUAAUGAGCUAACAUUGACAGUCGAAGCUGUUACAGACCACCUGUCAAAAGAAUUUAGAGAUAUACAGAUCACCCCCCAGAUCAGUGGAGAAUCACAUAAAGAAGAAGUGCCGCCUAACCUACAAGCGUAUCAUUCCUAG